AUGUCAAAAAUUUGCUGCUCUUUUUGCCUCUUAGACGCAAUCUUUGAAUCUGAUUGUGGCCAGUUUAAAGCAUGUCCAAAGCAUAAAGCUCAAGGGCGUAAGGUAAAACGAAGAAAGUCACCAAUCAACAAAGAAUCCAAAGCGAUCUUAUUCAAUUUUGUCUGCACGUUAAAGAAGGAAUUUAUUGUCCGAAUUGAUAAACUAAUUAAAGAAAGUAUACACAAUGAGGAUAAUAAAAAAUACCAGGAGGAACUAAAAUGAGCACGUGAGGGUUUGGAUGACUGCAAUAAUAUCUUAAUGCGCUAUUUUAGAAAACCAUUUGUAGAGAUGAAACUCAUUUUAAGUCCUUUUGACUAUUUUUUAACUCAACCAAAGGAAAAAGCACAACAAUACAUAAAGGAGAAUUGAAACCGGGAUGAUUUUUUAGAAUUUUCUAGAUCAGUUAAAGCGUAUUUGUUUGAUUACAAUUAUUUUAAAUUUGAAGAUCAAAAAUCUAUUCACGGCUGGGUUUAUAAAUCUGCUUACAAUCAGCACGAUCGUCUAUCAGAUUUCUGUGGCAAAAUAUUUUUGGAUUUUAUUAAAAUAGCGGAAUAUGAGAUGGCGUAUGAAUUAUAUAAAAAUAUCAAAAGUUAUAAAGAAAUUUAUGAUAGGAAGGAGCAUUAG